AUGAGUGAUGAAGAGCCUGCUAUUUACUCUCCUUUCCGACACGUCCGAGGAAGGUCUUUCCUAUCAUGUAGCACUGAGGAAGAUGAUCAGGCUCAGGACUAUGAUAUCAAUCCUGAUCCUAUUUUCAAGGCCGGGACGCUAGUCUCACGUGGCACUAUUAGCUACGAAAUGAGUGAAGAGAGUGCAAUCAUGAAGUACUCGUGGACAAGGACUGCAGGAAAAUCAGAAAUUGACCUCCAGCAAGACGCCUGUGAUACCGAAGGUGUUGUCAAUUAUCUCCAAGCAGAUAGAAUUUGCAAGACGAGUGAUCAUCUACAGGGUCUCAAUUUUGGUAGUGCGGCUUACUGGGAUAUAAGUGGUCUAAAACCUAUUGCAACAGGGAAAGGUGAAAAGCAACCAACUACACCCCCACGCAUUAAAGAUCGGGAGCUGACCAGACAUAUUGUCACACCUCGUGGUUUUAGACUGAAUAGCAGCAGGACGAUACUAGAAUUUCUUAGAGGUAUAAGGGACGCCAUCAUGGCACACCAACGUUUAUUUGUUGAAAAGAAGGUACUCCAUGGUGACAUCUCUGACGGAAACAUAAUUUUGCCUUUCGUUGGUGGCAGGUUUCGAGGGUUACUGAUCGACUUUGACCACGCCGUAAAGGUGGAAGAUACUUCAGACAAGCAUGAGAACUUGUACUUGACCGGCACCUUGAAAUUCAUGGCGCUCGAAAGACUUGAACAUGCUGCAGAAACUGAAAAAUCCAUAACCCGAACGUAUUAUUAUGACCUGGAGUCUUUUUUUAUGUAUUCCUCACAGGCUGCAUAG